UUGUCGGUGAUACAUAAGGGAUCUGUGGUGGAAGUGGACUCCCUGCUGGUCUGGAGGAUGGCGUGUCGGAGGAAGGGCGCCGCUCUCCUGCCGGCCCUGCUGGUCCUGCUGGUCCUGCUGGUUCUUCUGGACCACCAGCAGCCGGUGGUCGCCGGGCGAUCAUCAUCUCGACACCGCGGCCCGAGUCGUCAACCCCGCGGGCACCCGGAGCGCCGGGCGCUCCAGAACGUCACGCUGGCCGUCAUCUUGCCCCGGAGCAACACGGACUACCCGUGGGCGUGGCCUCGCAUCGGGCCCGCCCUGGAGCGCGCCAUCAGCACCGUCAACGCCGACCCCGCCCUGCUGCCCAACCACCACCUCACCUACGUCUUCAAGAACAGCGAGGACAAAGACGGCAUCUGCUCCGAGUCCAUCGCCCCGCUCAUGGCGGUGGACCUCAAGUUCGCGCACAACCCGUGGGCCUUCAUCGGGCCCGGCUGCUCCUACACCUCGUCCCCCGUCGGCCUCUUCACCACCCACUGGGACGUCCCCAUGGUCACGGCGGGCGCGCCGGCCGUCGCCUUCUACGGCGGCGUCUACCCGUCCAUCACCAACACGGGCCCCACCCACAAGAAGCUCGGGAAGUUCGCGCUGAGGAUCUGCGAGCACUUCGGCUGGCGGGAGCACGUGAUGCUCAUGUUCAGCGACAACAAGGUGGACGACCGGCCGUGCUACUUCGCGGUGGAGGGGCUCUACACCGAGCUGAAGAGCAUCAACAUCUCGCUCGUCGACCGCGUGUUCGAGGAGAACAAGCUGCCCAUCAACUACUCCCAGAUCGUCUCCGCCAUCCAGGCGGACGGCCGAG